CUCAUUGAUUCGGUGUUGGUUUAGUCUUUUUAAGCAAAGUGCAGUCAGCUCGGAGUGCCUAUUUAAAGAAGUCUUUUAUUCUUGUUUUUUUUUGAGGAUCCGUUACAGAAAAGGCCUGCAGUCAUGUGGAUCCAGGUUCGCACAAUGGAUGGGAAGGUGACCCACAGGAUCGACUCCCUGUCGAAGCUGACGAAGGUGGAUGAGCUCCGGCUGCGGAUCGCGAGCGUUUUUAAUGUGGAGCCGGAGAGACAGAGGCUUUUCUACAGGGGCAAGCAGAUGGAAGAUGGCCACACUAUCUUUGACUACAAUGUGGGGCUGAAUGACAUAGUCCAGCUACUAGUAAGGCAGAAUUUGGCCCCUGGUACCCCCAAGGAGAAGGAGGCGGAGCUCUCCGACUCGGACUCUGGCUGUGGGUCUGCGCAGAGCGAGUCGGACAAGAGCUCUAAUCACGGGGAAACCGCUGUGGAGGGGGAGAGUCAGCCAGGCACUUCGGCACAGCCAGACCUUAUAGAUCCUGGGUUUGGCUUCUACAAAAUUAAUGAGUUUGUGGACGCCCGUGAUUUGAACAUGGGAGCCUGGUUUGAGGCACAGAUCGUAAAUGUGACUAAAGAAGACAGAAGCUCCAGUGAAAGUAGAGAGAACAAAAGCGAUUCCAAGACUACUGAGGAGGAGAUUGUAUAUCACGUCCGAUAUGAAGACUAUCCAGAGAAUGGCGUGGUGAAGCUGUCUGGCAAGGAUGUGCGGCCUCGAGCCAGGACUGUUUACCAGUGGCACCAGCUGGAGGUGGGCAUGGUGGUCAUGGUGAACUACAACCCUGAUGAGCCCAAGGAAAGGGGCUACUGGUACGAUGCACAAAUCCAGAAGAAGAGAGAAACGCGCACAGCCCGUGAGAUAUGUGCAAAGAUCCUGCUUGGGGAUGCAGGGGAUUCUCUUAAUGACUGCAAGAUAUUGUUUGUGAAUGAAAUAUACAAGAUUGAAGAGCCAGGCAGUGUAGAUGGUGCUGGAUUGGAGAGUCCUCUUAAAAGGUCAAACGGACCAGAGUGCAAGCACUGCAAGGAUAACCCGCAGAAGAGCUGCCGCAUGUGUAACUGCCACGUGUGUGGGGUGAAGCAGGACCCCGACAAGCAGCUGCUGUGUGAUGAGUGCGACAUGGCCUUCCACACCUACUGCCUGAACCCUCCCCUCACCAGCAUCCCGGAGGACGAGGACUGGUACUGCCCUGAUUGCCGUAAUGAUGUGAGUGAAGUUGUUCUAGCUGGAGAGAAGCUGAAGGAGAGUAAAAAGAAAUCCAAGAUGGCUUCUGCCAAUUCCUCCAGCCAGAGAGACUGGGGAAAGGGUAUGGCUUGUGUUGGUCGUACGAAACAAUGUACCAUCGUGCCCUCUAAUCACUACGGGCCAGUUCCUGGAGUUCCUGUCGGAACCAUGUGGAAAUUCAGGGUACAGGUUAGUGAAUCAGGUGUGCACAGGCCCCACGUAGCUGGGAUUCAUGGGAGAAGCAAUGAUGGUGCUUAUUCUCUGGUGCUGGCAGGAGGCUAUGAAGAUGAUGUGGAUGAUGGGAAUGAAUUCACGUACACGGGCUCUGGAGGGCGAGAUCUGUCUGGCAACAAGAGAACUGCAGAGCAGUCGUGUGAUCAGAAACUCACAAAUAUGAACAGGGCUUUGGCUCUGAACUGCAACGCUGCCGUGAACGACAAGGACGGAGCCGAAGCCAAGGACUGGAAAGCGGGGAAGCCGGUGCGCGUUGUUCGCAGCUCGAAGGGCCGGAAACACAGCAAGUACUGCCCAGAGGAUGGGAACAGAUACGAUGGCAUCUACAAGGUUGUGAAAUACUGGCCAGAGAAGGGGAAGUCGGGCUUUCUGGUCUGGAGAUACUUGCUAAAGCGUAAUGAUGAUGAGCCAGCACCAUGGACCAGGGAGGGCAAGGAGAGGAUUAAGAAGCUGGGGCUAACCAUGCAGUAUCCUGAGGGUUAUUUAGAGGCUAUAGCUGCCAAAGAGAAAGAAAAGGAAAAUAAGAAUGACGAGGAGGCAGUAACUGAUACCCCUAGCAAAGGAAAGAGGAAGAGAAAAUCUCAAGGAGCAGAAGAAAAGUCCUCACCAGCCAAGCACUCACCCAAGAAAAUGAAAGUGGAGCCAUAUAAACUGACAAAGGAACAGAAGGCACUGAUAAAGGAGGAUGAACUGAACAAAAAGCUAUGGGAUGAAGCAAUGGGAUCUCUUAAAGAAGGGCCGAGGUUUUUGAACAAAGUUGAAGAGGUGUUCUUGUGUAUAUGCUGCCAGGAAGUAGUAUAUCAGCCUGUCACGACAGAGUGCCAACAUAAUGUCUGUAGGGAAUGUUUACAGCGCUCCUUCAAGGCUGAAGUUUACACCUGUCCAGCUUGUAGACAUGAUCUGGGCAAAAACUACAGCAUGAGCGUCAACAAACCACUUCAAGCCAUCCUGAACCAGUUUUUCCCUGGCUACAGCAGUGGCCGGUGAUGGUGCCUUUCUCCUUUGCUGCUACGUUUCAGUGGGAAUUUCAUGAACUAUGAGGGUUUAUCAAUUAAAUCUGAAAUUUCUUCUUAAUAUAUGAAACAAAUGGGUGCACAACAGCUCUCUGUGGCUGUUACAUGAACCAUAUGCCCUUCACGGAUUUGUUGUUAAUGUAAAUGUUGCAAUUUAAGUGUGAACAAUGAUCGUUAGUGCUCUGUAGUUGAUAGAUUAUUGUUUGCUUAUUAGUGGCAUAUUAAAGUAACAGCCAGGGCUCAUCCAUUUGCUAUAAAGGUAGAAGUAUACAAGUGACUUCCCUUAUUUGGAAACCAUAGUGGGCUAUGUCCCCCUGUCUUGUCUGACAAAGCCAUAUAACUUGGUACAGUAUUAUAGCAUCAGUUGUGGCAACUUCCCAAUCAAAUAUUUGAUCGCCAGUUGAGCUUUUACAACAAGUAAAACAGGGCUGGUUUUACUUACCUUCAGUAGAUAUUUAUUUGAAACAAUCUCUUGCUUCCAUUUCUGUAAACUUUUCCUUGUUAUUUCUUGUGCAGUGAGAAGCAAGUAUCUAAUGUAUUUAAGUUCAGUCAUUCCCCUGUGGGUAAUUAGCUUUGUUUUUGAAUAGGUGAUUGUGCUGGCCAUCCAUUGUCAUAUUUUAAGGAAACUGUUUCCAGCUUCAUUUCUGUCCAUUUAUUCAGAGUUCUGUCCCACAUAAUGCUGGUUUUCCGUUCUCAUUAAUUUGAUCAUUGAUCCAAAUGAAUAAGACAACUGCUUUCUAUUGCCACUUCCACUUGUAAUGGUCAGGAUGGUACAUGUUUACCUUACGGAUAUCAGAAUUUAGCUGGUCUCAUCAGUGUAGAACUCUGCCUGUUUUGCAGGAUUAUGAACAUUUUCAGAUUCAUUGGGAGUAUGUCUUCUGUACUGCUAGUUACGCACUAAACUUAAAUCAUAUGUACCAUUUCGUAAAGGCUGAUGGUCACUGCAGUUGAGCAUUAAGUAAACUAUAAAGAAAUUGGUUUUUCUCAUAUUUAAUCUUAGACUUGCAGUUGUUUUUUGGAGGUCUUGUAGGUCAGCAUGAGAAAUGGACAUGAUCAUAUGUGUGCUUUUCCAAGCCUUAGCUACUCGAAUAUAAAGGGCAUCUUGAAUGUUAAAUGAAAGCGCUUGAGGUAAAAGGAAAUAAGGGAGGCAGCUGGUAUACUUUGCUGUAAUUUUUAUUUUGGCCUUUUAGUAGCGCUGAAACACCCUUUUACUGUCUCGUUAUUUUUAAGAGUUUUGGGAAGAAAAUGUUAUCUUAGACUUAACUGUUCUGCCUUUCAUUUUAUCUUGUUUCUGCUUCUUAUAUAUAUACCAUUUUCUUCAAUACUUGUGUGUUCUUUGGGGAAAUAUAAUCAAAUGGAUGUAGCCCCUAAGUGCCUUACAGCUGGCAAUUAGCUUUAUGUAAUACUGCACAUUUUAAAGCAGCUUUAAAUGUCUUGCAGAUUUAUUUUUUCCUUCUUAAAUGAUCGAUUAAUUGAAUUUGACCAAGUGGUUGUUCCCCUUCCCCCUAAAAAAAGUUUUUGCUUUUUAGGUCGUCUAAACCUUUUUUAUAUGAUGAAGCUUUUUUGUAGUGCGUGUUUGUUCAUUCUGAGUUAACUGUUAGACUGUAACAUUUACAUCAUACACGUUUUCUGUAAGUCAAUGCCAAAGGCUGCAGGUCUUUUUUUAUACCUCAAAAUACUUCAAUAAAAUAACUCAGACUGGAACUUGUAUAUUUUUAAAAUGUAUAUUUGUAGUGCUUGUUCUAGCUUCCACUUGAUCUUUUAUGUAGUUGACUUUUUAUACUUGUAUCUUGCAUAUGUCAGUGCAGGAUUUGUCUAAAUUACAUAUUGCUAAAUCAAUCCAGGUGUUUUUUUACAAAAUAAAUUCUAAAAAGCUU